AUGCCCACUCUACCAACGGAAAUAGUUCUCCAUAUCGCAACUUACCUUGCGCCUCUGGACCAAGAGACCUUGAUACGGACGUUCUCCCACCUUGCCCGCCUGUUCACCUUUCGCCAGUUCAAGUCCACCGACGAGAAUGGCGACACAAUCCUACAUCUCCAGGCACGAACACACCGCCGCCGCGUGCCUAAAGCUGCACCAGACGCUAGGAAGGGCCCCUGUUUCUUAGCACUCAUUACUUCCAAUCCAGGAUCUUCCCUGCACCCACAGAACAACGCUGGAGUCACUCCCCUAAUGUCCACCACCCGGGCGCACAACCUCCAAUUCAUGCGCCUUUUGCUCGCAAAAGACCCCGAGGGCGUCAAUAUAACUGACAUGAAGGGAGCAACGGCCCUCUGGCAUGCAAUAUUUGCAAGCCAUAUUGAUGGUGUCGCUUUACUAUUGCAGCAACCUUUGACUGACGUGAACCACCGCAAGCUCGUCCACCACUACAUGUGGGAGGAUAAGGAUAUUGAGGUAACCCCACUCAUCUGGGCCCUUGGCAGUGGUCUAGGCGCCUACGAGCUUAUCUCUCCGUUCCUCGCGCAUCCGGCCAUUGACCUCGCCUGCGUCAAUGGGGACGGGCGGAAUCCGCUCAUGCUUGCUGUCAUGGGAUAUGGGGACGACGACCGCGUCCACCUGAUCCUCGAGCGUCGGCGCCAGGCCCUCGCCACCAUUCCCCCUGGGUUGCGUGAUGGCCCAGUCGCGAGGCAGACGGUCCCUGGCAACUUCGACAUCAAUGCUGUGGAUCGCCCCCGUGGGGAGACAGCGCUCCAGAUUGCUGCCUCCGAAAACGCUGGUGAAGCCGUCCAGCUCAUCCUUUCACAGGAUGGGGUUCAAGCCGACAUGGCCGACCUGCUACAUCGAACGACGAACCACCUCGCUAUCGAGGCCAUCCUAGCCCACGGGGGAGUGGAUGUCGACCAUCCGGACCAGUUCGGCCGGUCGGCGCUAUCAAAUGCAGCCGUGCUAAAUAAGCGUGAGAGUGCCCUUGUGCUUCUAAGGUAUGGCGCCAGGCCGGAUCUAAAGGAUUUGGAAGGGUACACGCCGAUAUCUAGGGCGGCUGUGACGAUGCACGCGGAUAUGGUCGAGUUACUUGAAGAGGCAAUUGGGAUAAUUUAGCUAGCAGCAGAUGGCCAUUGUUUGCCAUGAGGGCACUCAUAUUUUCGCCUUGUGGAUUCCCGGAGAUUAUAGUGCAUAAGUGUACUUGGCGAAUUCUUUCCAAUCAUGCAUCCCGCUCUUUCUUAGUCGAAGCUGGAAUUCCCACUAUACUCACACUUGGUUUAACGCCCGCUUAGUACGUGGGAUGGGCCGGACUCCGUGACUCGGAAGCUCGCUCACUCGAACAUUGACAGAGAUUUCAACACCAACAGAACCGAGUCUAAUAUAGCGUGAGAGGCUCACGAUGCAACCCGAUCUACCACUAGCGAGCCAAGUUUCGCCGCGGCUACCACCAUAUGAUCGGCGGGAUGCCUCGGAUGCUAGAGGCGGGAGAUAUAGUAUCUUGGCAUACAGACUUGUCGCCAAUCGUCGUGGGUGCAAUUUCCGAACCCUUGAACCGUCCGUUCUCGAUCAGGAUCUUCCGGGGACCGGCGGUUGAUGUGGGCGUCUGGUUUAGCCGUGGUUUCCCUUUUAAGAUAAACAAGCACGGUUCAACCAAGCCGCCAAGGAGCUUGGAAGCAACCAAAGCUCCUCUCCGCGCCCGCAGCGCAUCCUGGUGGCGGUGGCGAACGCUUGGGGCACUACCAAUGGUCCCCAACUGCCAGGGUCCAGGGCCUCGGCCGUGAAACGCCAGGCACAGCGCCGGCGCCGUAGUCCCCGGCCCCUGAUUCGAAUCAGGACGAGCACAAGGGCAGUACAAGACUAGUGCAAAUGAUCAAGGCUGCGGCUCCACCGCCUGAUCUGAGAUUUGCGCGGAACACAAUCGAGCCGAGCCGUCUGUCCCUCCCAAGCACGUCCCCUCCACAUCGUCCCUUGCGGUUCACAACUAGUAUAGUACACCGUGCAGAGAAACGGCCAAAUUAUGGAGCCAGGACAGGGCGAUGGGUCUACAUAAAUACCGCCUCUGACUCACCGUAAAACUAGCAACCGGCUAUCGCUCCAUCAAGCCGCAGAAUCUCUGGC